UGUAAUUCCUAUAGCUGCAAGCAUGCGCAGUUCAUGAAGUCACUCAUUCAUAGUGUUGAGGGAUGGAUAGGAUUAGGAAGUGAAUAGCCCUCUAGGGGAGCAGCUUGGAAGUAUGAGUUGGAAGGUGUACUGUACUACAGUAUAACGUCCGGACAGGGUGACAGCAUUAUUUUAGUGGAGCAUUGGAACUCGGAUUCCGGUUUUCCGAACGGACAUCCCUGGGGAAGUACAUUCCGAUAGUGAAAGCGCCGAGAUGGAUCGUCAAGUUAUAUUGCAUAUUGGGUCUUCUACCGGUUCCACGAAAAAGGCGGACGUUGCUAGAGGAUUGAAGUACUUGUCUUUGAUAAGCCUCACUUUACAAAAUGCCGUCAACAGUAUUGCUGUGCGUUACACGCGAGUUUCAUAUCCUGACCGCUACGCAACUUCAACUGUUGUAUUGUGGUCCGAAGUUGUCAAGUUGAUCGUCUGUGUGAUUCUGGCUGCCAGCGAAUCCGGCGUGAAAUCGUUGAAGAUUGUGACCAAUUCACGUGACACUCUGAUGGUCUCUGUUCCUUCUUUUGUUUAUGUGAUUCAGAACAACCUUCUCUUCACCGCUGCAUCUAACCUCGAUGUGGCGUCCUACCAAAUUUCGUACCAAAUGAAAAUCUUGGCCACCGCUGUUUUCUUCGUGGUCAUGCUCAAAAGAAAAAUUAAGCCUCUUCAAUGGGCCUCGCUAUUCGUUCUAACCAUCGGUGUUGGUAUGGUCCAAUUAGCUCAGAUAGAAGGCAAACCAUCCACUCAUGCAGCAAAAGAUGACCGGCUUUUCGGUUUCAUGUGUAUCUUCGCGGCGAGCUGUUUAUCUGGAUUUGCUGGCGUGUAUUUUGAGAAGAUCUUGAAAGGCUCACCAGUGUCAUUGUGGCUCAGAAAUGUGCAGUUGAGUUUGAUUUCGGUUCCCCUGGCUCUCGUUACUUGUUACAUGAGUGACGGUGAAUUGUUGACGACAAACGGCUUCUUUUAUGGGUAUACACCGCUAGUUUGGGUCGUGAUUUUUCUCACAUCCCUCGGAGGUCUCAUAGUUGCAGUGGUGAUAAAGUAUGCGGAUAACAUCCUCAAAGGCUUUUCAACCUCAAUAGCGAUUGUUAUUGGAUGCGUGGCAAACGUUAUCCUCUUUGAAGUUGAACUCAACUUGCAGUUCUUUCUCGGAAGUUGCAUGGUGAUAAGCGCGGUUUGGUUAUACAACUACAACCCUUGACAAGUCUUGGGUUCCGGUGCUUUCACUUCUGGGUUGUGUUUUUCCCGAACAAUGCGUGUUCACGUUACUUUUUGUGAUGUCAGGAAAUGUCGCUCGUUUUACGCAAUUUUUCGUGCUGAAAUCGGUUUGUGUCGGGUUUUUUUUUGUUCUGAAAAUUUUGCGAUGUGCUUUGAGGAGGGUUUGAUCGAGGGAGUUUUCGAGAUUGAUAUGCGGUGACUUAGAUUGACGCAACUGUAUUCUGUUGUAUGACUCAUAAAUUUUUUUUCAAGCACGAUUCGCCUGUGAUCUACUGCUGCACAAUGCGAGAGGAUUUCCGGCGGUUGGUGUAUUUUGUGGUACGAACGUUCGAAUGGAAAUUGUGAACGACGAAAGGAUAUUUAUUACAGUAUUCGCAUAACGUUUUAAAAUUCUCCAAAUCUUUUCCAUUGCCAUGAAUGCUCCAAGAAGACCAGUUCUCCAAUAGAGGCCAUUUUCUGAUAACUACCUGGCCUGGAAAGGGAUUCAUCACAGUACAGUACUGUAUUUACUUGAUUACCAUACGCCCUUUCUUAAGUCGCGCACACUGUUUUUUCAGUCAAAUGUUUUAUAAAAUACUGUCUCCAAGUAAGACAUUCCCCCUUUUAGUGACUGAAUCUAAAAUAUUUUAAAAAUUGGAAAUUCAAGAAUUUGUUGAUCCUGAUAAUUUCAACAAUCUAGUCUUGAGCACUGAACAGUGAAACCAUUUCCCUUUAAUUCCUUUCUCAUUUCCAAAUAUCAGAAUUAGAAAAAUGUUGUUGAUUCUAGUAAUUCCAUUAUCCAGUCAAACGCUGAACGAAGAAACCCUGUCCCUUUUGCAUUUUAUUAUGCAAUCUUGUCUAAUUUUCAAAAGUCAUUGAUAAAUCCCAGUUUUUUCCUACUUUCCUGUGGGGUUUCCCGAUUCUUACUUUUCCUCUUGUUCUUCAAUGGAAAUAAUUGCCAGUCUUCAUUAAACUCCAGGUGAAAGCGAAAUAUUUUAAAUAAAUGCUAAGAUAGCUUAUUGGAGCAUGUACGGUAAAUUUUCUUUUCGUAUCUAUGUAGUGUGGAAACAAAUAAUUACGAAAUUUUGAACUAUUUCGUUCUAGUGACGAUGGAGGACGACGAUGAUGACAAAGAAGUGGACGCGCAAGUUUUGUUCCACGCGGCGAGAGACGGACUUGCGCGGUACCUGAGGUACUUGUUCGAAACCCGACCCGCGUACUUUUCGCAAGUGAAUGAAUUGGUGCACGACUGUGACAACCCGCUGGUGAAAUGUAGCCCGUUGAUUGCGGCCUCAUUCAAUGGGCGACAUGAAGUUGUGCGGCUCCUUGUAGGGAAAUGUGGAGUGAACUUGAAUCUUGAAGGUUCUAUCAUGCUACAUGGACAUUUGAUUCACGGUGCGACGGCAUUGUGGACUGCUGCUGGAAAGGGGCAUUUGCGUGUCGUGAAGAUACUGGUGCGAGCAGGUGCCGAUAUAAAUCACAUGACCCUUGGAAAGUCCACCCCAUUACGAGCAGCGUGUUUUGAGGGGAAGCUGAGUGUGGUCAAGUAUUUGGUAGCACGGGGUGCGGAAGUGGAUGCGUGCAACGAGUUCAACAACACCUGCUUGAUGUUGGCAGCGUCUCGGGGUUGUCUGCCCGUGGUUUCAUUUUUGCUGGAAAGCGGCGCAGAUCCCAACAAGGCGGCAAAGUGCGGCGCCACUCCCCUACACUAUGCGGCCGAAUCGGGGCAUUUGGACGUGAUCGACAAGCUACUGAAUGCCGGUGCGAGAUGGUCCAAGAACAACUACAGCUGCACACCUGCCAUGUACGCUGCCAUGAAGUGCACAACUGACAGCGUGAGCUUCCUCCUGGGCCUGGUUCGGGCGCCGAUCGAAGAGCGCAUCAAUGCCUACGAACUUCUCGCCGCCUCCUUGGCCAUUUCCGGCAAAUACGACGCGAGCGAAACCGCCUACGAUUGGUUCCUGUUGACGUAUCAAAUGCGUGGCAACGAGCGGCCGAAGGAGCCGCCGAGUCGGGAAUUGGCAGAGAAGUAUGUGGGCCACCGAGAGACCCAGAACGAGAGCGAGUUGGAGGACAUCAAGUACGACUCGACUGCUUUGCAGUUGGAAGGGUUCGUCAUUCGUGAGCGAAUCCUGGGUACGGAGUAUCCCGAAUAUCCGUAUCCCAUCAUCCAAAGAGCGGAAGUUAUGGCGGUUGGUGGAAAUUAUGACGUGGCAAUUGCUCUGUAUAAAAUUGCGUUGACGUGGUUUUGGGAAAAGAAUGCGUUGCACGGUGUGAUGAGGAUAUUGUUGGACUUGACAAGGAUUUUUGGUACGAUUCUGCGAGAACACGAAGAUUUUUAUCUGAAUAUUAAGGACGUUUUGUUGGUGUUGGAAGUGUAUGCAGACAUGAUGGAUCAGAUUGUUGUUGGUAGACGUCGUCCUCUGACGGCUGCGUGGGUGGACGAGAGAGCAGACUGGGCUCCAAAAAAUACCAGCACUCCUCUGUAUUGGGCAUUUCAAUAUUUGGCAAUUGUGAAACAUGCAUAUAGCUUAAAUAAUAACGCUACACCGGCGGACAUCUUUUCUUUUCACCGAGUCGUCUACAUGUUUGUCAAAGUCGGCGCCAGGGACUCGAACGGCAGAACGAUUCUGCACUUGGCUUGCUCAUCGAAAACUCCGGUGGAUUUCGGACUGGUCGAGCUUCCUUCCGUCGAACUCGCGGAGCUGUUGAUUGAAUGUGGUGCGAACGUGGACGAAAUUGAUGGGGAUGGAAAUACGUGUCUUCAUCUGAUUGCUGGUCACGCGACUCCAGUGCAAGACUUUGAAAAGCUGCAUCGUCUCGUCAACUUGCUCCUGGACAGUGGUGCUCAUCAUGACGUUGUCAACAAGAACGGUUUGACUGCUACUGAAGCCGCAACUUCGCGUGUCAUCGUGCCAGUGAUCAAUUUGAAGGCAGGGGUUCCACUCCUGAAGUGUUUGGCUGCAAAAGUUGUCAGUUCGAGUGGGAGGUAUUCGCUCUGUGACAUGAGUGUGUUACCAUUGGACCUGCAGCUGUUCAUGAAGAUGCACGGAGGACUUAGCAUGGAGGCUGCAUCAACAAACGUCUCUCCUGCCUUUGCACCUUUCCCUUCCACCCCAGAAUUUUGAUCUUUUCGGGUUUAGAACGUGUUUGUUGAUGAGUCAGUUUCAAGGAAACUCGGUGCCCUAUUAUACAAGUCAUCAAAAGUGUGUUAAUCUUUGCUCGGGUGAGGAUCUAUUUUUAUUUUAUUUUUUUUUUGUCUCUCUUACCCGCAGACUACGGCUUAAGUUUAAAUCAAGCUGUUGUGAAAGUAAAAAUUGAGUGUCACGAUUGUGCCUUCAUGUAUUGCAUUGCGGGUGUAAGAAGUUGUUGUGCCGUCCCUUACCCCUGAUAUUUAAUGCCGUGGAUUGGUAAAAUGCUGCGGAAGCUUCAA